AUGGCUACCCGAGAUACCAAUGGUCCUUCGACUUAUACUAUUCCUCUACAAGCUUCCGAAGGACUUCCAUCUUUACGUCCAGGGACCAAUGCUGCUCCGGGUGCUCACGUCCUUCCAUAUGGAGUUACACACGCACAGGAAGAAUACCCAGCUCUGCGCCAAGACUUCGACUUUGUUGACCCCCCGCACGCUCCUCUUGCAUCCGCAUUUGAUGUUGAUGCGUUCAUAGCAACAUUUGAUUUCACUGACGCCGGCAAUUUAGUCGAUUCAAACUCACCUCCACAAAAAGCAACUGCGCAGUCUUGGGCCGACAAUCUUGAGGCUGAUCCUGGUCCAGUACGACAGUCUGUCACGCAGCUCACAGGAAAAAAGAGGACAAUUUCUUUGUCUUUGCCUUUGGACAUUGUAAAUAAGCGGCGAAAAAGCACCCGCAAGUCAUUCACAUCUCAAAUCGAACAGCCGACAUCAUCGUUCUAUGGCCUUCCAGCGGACCAACUUGUGACAUCACAACAGUCCCCACAUGUCUUGCAUACCAAUGUUCAUUUGUCAAGGUCACAAUCAACGCCCUCAACCAUGACAGAAGAGGUUCAGAAAUCCAAGCGCAGCUUACAAUGUGCAUUCCGGAAAGCUCAGGCAAAACUAGGUUUGCCUUAUACAUGUACAGCAGCCCCAGUUACUACGGUAUCUGCAGUCCGAACGCAUUUAACCCGUAGGUUACCCAAAGGAAGGCCUCCGCACUUACCCUUCCUCAAGCUUUGCACAACCUGUAACGAAGACUUACUGGACGAGCACGAAUUCGAGGCUUACCAUGCCAAAGACGGUCUCAAAUGCGAGACCCCACGGCAACAGCGCAAGGGCGAUGCGGGGCAACAGGAGCAGUAUGAUAUCUUGUGCUCCAAAGUGGAGACCUACAUCAUCACUCAAGGAAACCAAAGAAGUGCAACAAACUCCACCACAGCCGAAAUCGACGAUAGGUUGUUGAGCUCAAUGCCAAUUUUACAUGAUCCAGACCUUACUCCAGAGCUCCCUGUGUCGACUCAGGCUUCAGAUACAGUAGCUGAGCCUCCUAGCUCACCGCUUCAAUGCAAAACGUCUUCAUACUCACGCAAGGCAAAAGACAACCCUCUAGAGGAAGGCCAAAAGCCACCGCUGUUCAUGGAGCCUGACUUAUGCAUGGCCGAUAGUCAUAGUGGCACCGAUGGCAGCGUGAUAAUAGCAGCGUAUCAACACAUAUCCAACAACGUGGAUGGGUCCAUGGAUGAACCUACGCUGCCCGAACGUCCUGGCGUAGGUUUCGCAACAUGUGGAUGUACCUCAUCCCACGGCAUAGAUUCGGACGUAGGACGCACCGUCAGCAUGGAAUCAACCAUGGACAUUGAAUCUAUGUCGUGGAAUGAGAUACAUUCACAUGUUGCGACGCUGCAUGAACCGAGCUGGAAUCCGUUGUCCCUAUCUCAUAGAUCUCCACAUCCCGCCCAAUUCUUCGAUCACCCAACGUUCGAGAUACGGCUGGCAACGCCACCAGCACGGCUCGUUCCUUCAGUGUCUUUCAGCGAAGACUCGUGGGAUUCAUCUAUACAAUCCACAACAGCAUUGCAGUCAGAACACAGUACGACGUCCUCUUCGACUGACCCGCCUGAGUCUCAUUGCGACAUAGAAGGCUGCUCUACCGUAUUCAGUGGUGUUCACCCACUAUAG